AUGUUCGAGUUGUUCUGGCCGGCGAAAUGUUGCGACGACCUCGGCGUGUUGUUUUCCGUGUGGCUGGUCGCGUCGUGCGUUUACAGUUUCGCGCGUGCUUCGAAAAUCAAGUGCAUCUUGGAGAAAUGCGACGACCUGAUGUCCAUCUUAACCGUGCCCAUGUUCCCGCGGACCGUGGCGUGCAUGUGCGCGGUGGCCGUGAUCGCGUACACGUGCCAACGCGCCAGCAACAGAUUCGCCGAGUACGAAGAAAGAAUCGAACGGUACGCGGUGUGCUUUCCGAUGGGCGUUCGCAAGGCAAACGCGCGGCGUGUUUACACCGCGCUGGUGGCGGCCGUUUACGCGACAGUGACGGUCCCAGCCAACGCGUACAGGAUUUAUCUGUUCUGCAAGCUGCACGAAGGCUGGGAACUGAUCGCGUUUUACGUACUCUUGUACGGGCAGAACUUUGUAACGUGCCUGUCGGAAUUACGGUUUUUGCUGUACUGUUUCGAGCUGUUCCAACACUUUCAGCUGAUCAACGAGGAAAUAUCCGCGAUCAAGUCGAAAACGAUCGUCGCCAACAAAUACCCGCUGGUAUUGCGGUCCGACGAGUACCGCCGAGCCGGCAACAACGUCAUCGGUUCGGCCACCGCCACCAAAGACGAUCGCGGCGUUCCGCACCGGUUAAAACAGUACCUGUUGUCCAAGAACAUCGAAACGCUCAAGGUGCGACACCAGUUCGUGAGCGACGCGGUCAGAGACCUGAACGAACUCUACGACGUCCAACUGGGAGUGACGCUUUUCGGUCUUUUCCUAAUGACGUUGUUCGAUAUAUUCGAUGCGAUCUCGGCGGCCGCCAACGACAGCGCGCCGCCGAACCGGACGAAAAACUCGUUCCUGGUACACAGUUGGUUAACGCAAUACAGUUUCAGAUUUUGUGUAAUCGUACUGACGGCUCAUUUCACCGUCAAACAGGUACAUAUCUAUGCAUGUCCAUAGCAUAUGUAAGCAAUCGCGUUAAUGCGAUGCGGGCUUUGAAUUUGAAAAAUAAGCAUUGAAAAUCGAUAAUAAUAAUCACAAGAAUAACAAUAACGAGCAAUUUAAAAAUCAUAAAUAUAGUUAGUAUUUUAAUAGGAAGCGCAAUAAUGCUGUUAAAAAACCGUUUAAUAAUAUUAAUCAGCAUACACGUAAUAACCAUCAAUAAUAAUAAUAAUAAUCAUAAACAAAUAUCAUAAUUAGCGUUUUAACAUAAUAACCGAUAUUAAUCAUAAUCGUAUGUUUAAUAAGGGUAUUCGUUGAUUAUUGUUAUCAUUAUUGAUUAAUAUUAUUAAAAGUACUGAUGAUUAUAAUGAUGCUGAUUUCAUUAUCAUUAUUUAAGUGAUAAAUAUAUUUUUUAUUUCCUAUUUUGAUUUUUAUCAAAAUUAUGAUAACAAUUAUGGUUUUCAAUGCGUUCAUUAUUAUUGAUUUUAUUAUUAUCAUCAUCAUUAUGUUAGAUUUUGAUUAGAGCGAAGCUCAUGGUUUUACAGAGAUGUUUAUUUUUUUAUUUUAUUUUUAUUUUUUAUUUUUUUUAUCUGUGCACAACUUUUAUACCAGCAAUUUUACUCCGAUUAACAAUGAAAGCAUUUAUUUUCCAUAAAAAUAAAUAAACAUCUUUGUAAAACUAAUACAUACUUCGCUACACUCAGAGUCUAAAAUAAUAAUAAUAAUAAUAAUAAGGACUUUAAAAAUCAUAAUCAUAACCAGCAAUAAUCAUGAUGAGCAAUUUAAUAAUGAUAAUCAAAUCAGCAUCAUAACAAUGAUAAAUACUUUUAAGAAUAUAAAUCAACAAUGAUAAACAGAAAUCAUAUAACAAUUAACAACCGCCAAUCAUAAAAGUUAUUAUUAACAAAUAUCAUUAUUAGCAUUUAAUUUAAAUAACCAAUAAUAAUCAUAAUCAUAAUUAUAAGAAGGGUAAUACAAAUAAGCGUAAAGAUAAUAAUAAUUAUUAUUUUUAUUAUAAUCAGUAUUUUAACAAAAUAACCAUUAAUUAUCAUAAUCAUAAUUUUAAGAAGGAUAUUUGUUGAUGAUUAUUAUUAUAAUUGAUGGAUGUUAUAAGUAUACUGAUUAUUAUUUUUGUUGAUUAAUGUAAUUUAAGGUCUCAUGACUGAUAUGACGCUGAUUUGAUUAUUAUUAUUAAAAUGUGCAUUAUUAGUGGUGAUUAUUACUAUUAUUUAAGUGAUCAUUAUAUUUAUUCUUACCUAUUAUGCAUCUUACUAAAAUUAUGAUAAUGAUUUUUAAAGUGCUCAUUAUUAUUAUUGUCAUCAUAAACUUAGAUUCUGAGUGGAGCGAAGAAGCUCAUAGUUUUUUCAAUGUUUUUCAUAUUUGUUUACAAAACUCCUGGAAAAUCAAAAAAUGACCUCUUUAAAGUACCUCUGCAGUCAGAUUUCCUUUAAGAGAAAUUGCUAUCAUUGUAAAUUGGAACAUGAUAUCUGGUUGAAAAUUUGCGAACAGAUUAAAAAAAAUAAAUAAUAAAACAAACACCUUUGUAAAACUUUAAGUUCCUUUGCUCCAUUUAGAAUCUAAAAAACAACAGUGAUAAACAGGAAGUCGGAGAUUUGAUCACCUGUUUUAUAAUAUGACAGAAACAAUGUUCUUUGAAAAACCGCGAAUAACAAAACAUUACUGUACUACAGUUAAACCUUCUUCUAAUAAUACUUAUAAAAUAAAAAUUGUGAAAUUCAAGCACAACAAUGGUAAACGCGGAGAUGAAAAUUUGAAACACUCAAAUGACACAUGCUUAAUACUAAAAUUGUCAAGGCCGUAUACAGGGGAAGGAGUCUGGGAUUCAUCCCCCCCCCCCAAGACAUUUUUAAAGUAGGUACAUAUUAAAAAUAAACAAACACUCACUGCAAGUUUAUUAAACAAGUUUUAAAAUAUCUCGUUUUUUUUACAGUUUUCGUGAAAACCAAACCUUAAGCUAUUAUGAAAAAAUUAUUGCUCUGCGCUAAAUUUAUUUUUACAUCUAAGCACGACUUGUUACGAUGUACCUCGUGUAAAAUUGCCCAGCAUUUUCGACUUCAAUUUUUUCCCCGAAAAAUUGCUGUAAUAUUUACUGAUAUUAAUAAAUACCUUUGAUUUCUUAUGUCCUAUUAUAUUUGUAUAUUAUAAAAUCAAUGAUAAUACCGAUACCGAUCAAAGCUCGAUGUGUUCAAUAUUCGAUGUUUAAACUAUACCUACCUACUAUAAUAUAAAUCGUCUGAAAAUUAUUUAACGUUGAACUUCAAUUUGUUUCUGAUUUUCACCGUCCUUUUCAGGCGUCAAACUCGAAAACUCUCAUAACCGAUGUAAAUCAUCGUUUCAUGGACACGCAUACGAAAGAGGAGGUAAAAGCGUUUACUCAAAAAACAAUAUUUACAUUCGUUGUGUUUAGAAACGACUUAUAUUUAUUUUUCAACCUUUUCAGUUACGAUUGUUUUUGAACGAAUUGAAUACCCGUUCGGUACAGUUUACGACUUUCGACUUUUUCAAUUUGAACGCACGUCUAAUAACAUCCGUAAGUUGUCGUUUUUAAUUCGAAUAUUUGCUUCUAUUUUUCCUUUUUUUUUUAUCCGCGAACGACCAAAUAAUAUUAUAACUGUAGUUUACACAACAUUUAGUCUAAUGUAAAUGUAUUUUUUUAAAUUUUUUUUUUUUUCCAGGCCAUCGUCGCGGGUACAACUUAUCUCGUUAUAUUGUUACAGUUUAGAAUUUAA